AUGCACCUCGCCCGGAUAGAUGUCCUCCUUCCGCUCUUCUCGGACGAGGCAACAUGGCUUGGUACCGAGCACGCGGCUGGGCCUCGAUGCUCGAUGGCUGGCUGGCUGGCUUCCCUGAUCCCAGCAGUCUUACACUGCAUGACCGUCGAUCAAGUGACGGCAGAGAGCACUGCACCGGCAGAACAUAGCUCGGCACUGUUCAACGCGCACUUGCUGCGUUCGACCACCAAACAAUCUCCCGCUCCCUUCCUGCUUCGCCGCGGUAUCUCUCUGCAUCCAACAUUCUCGCACCGGACGGGACCAGCAACGUACUCGCGGAACGGAUCGGCCGAGAAACAGUUGACUUUGACAGGCGUCCAUUCUGAAAUGGCGGAGACCAUGUCGUUUGCCAUGUAUCCCUCAUCUCCAGGUAUCCAGCACGGCAAGGACUCCCCGUUUCCGGCAACGUGCCAUGGUCUGGGGAGGAAAGCGCAGGACCAUGAGGCCACGGCCGAGGGCUACGGGCCGGUGACGCCGAUACUGCAUGUGAGGAGCUGCGGUGGCUGGCCGUCACCGCCCCUCGUUCCCGCCGACUUUGAACUGGGUCAUUUCGAACUGAAUCGUGGCCAAGGGCCCCCGUUUGAGCGGACUUACACGUACGGAUAUUCACCGGCUUCGCCGAGGACUUGGUCGCCCGUUCCCUCGCGCAGCCUGCCUCCUUCGGCAACAGUUCUUCGGAGCCAACCGCUGCUUCCUCCCAUCAGGGUCGGCAGCAGUCACGGUCUGCCUCCACCCGCGGCCAUUCUCCCCAGCCAGAGUCUGUCGGGGGCGGAGCAGGAUGAGCUGUCGCCCGCCGUCCUGGCACCGGAAGACGCAAACCUGCCGAGUCCAUUCACGGACGGCUACUCGGGCUUCGACACCUUGCCAAGCAUGCCGAUGGAAGAUGGCACGGACGCGUUGCCGGCCGAGGAACUGACGAUGAAGACGCCUUCGUCCAUGGUGACGCCCAACCCGGCCUCGCCGUCUUGCUGUUUCGAUGAGUCGCUAGGGCCAUGCACGGUAGCAUCAACACCGCCGGCUGCACCUCCGCCGCCGCCGGCGACGAAGAUGGAGGAGGAGUCCUAUGCCAAGCUCAUCUACAAGGCGUUCAUGAGUCGACGAGGCCACUCGAUGACGGUGCAGGACAUCUACCAAUGGUUCCGUGAGAACACGUCCAAGGCGGUGACGGAGAAGGGCGGAUGGCAAAACAGCAUCCGGCACAACCUCAGCAUGAACGCGGCAUUCAAGAAGCGCACCAACUACGGGGGGGUCUUUGAGCCUGUCGUUCGGGACGCGUGCGGUGCGUUCAAGCCGGUGCAGGGGCAGGACGGCGGCGGUACGCCGUGCUCGAGGCGACCGCACGAAUGGGUGCUCGAAGACUGGGCGGUCCGAUUUGGGGUCCAGAGCACGACUCGAUACCGCAAGGGAAACGGCGGAAAGCGGUGCGGAUCUGGUGCGAACGGCGGAAUCGGCGGCCGAUACGGCGGCCCACCGGUCGGACCAGAAGCGUCCGGGGCCCAGCACGACUCGAAGCGCGCCGUGUCUGGUCGCAAGGGCGGUUGCGCCGCGAGGGACGCGAAGCGGAGACGGGACCGUGCCAUUAGUCAGGCGGCUAUGGCCAUCGCGCAGGGGACUCACUUCUCCGUCGGAUACAGACCUGAGCUGCCUUCUCCCCCGCGAUCGACCAUCGGCAGCCUAUACGACGGGGAACCCAUCGCAGGGUCUCGGCUCGGAGCGAUGGCGCAUGGACCUCAGGGUGGCCUUUACGGCGCAUCCAAGGAGUUGGGCGCCCUGUUGGGCGAUGGAAAUUGCGGCGGCACCUACAGCGGCGGCACCUACAGCACCUGUGCCGGCGGUAUGAGCACCAGCAGCAGGAGCAGCACCAGUGGCGAGAGAGGCGACGGCUACAUGAUUCGAGCCAGCGUGGGCGUUCAGUCCAACGGUGGCCACGUGGACGCGUACGGACCGCUUCCCUCACUUCGAGAGCCCUUGCCGUAUGGCGAUGUCGAGCAGCGAUACGGCUCUCGCUCCAGUGCCGGUGCUGGCACAACCAGCCAGGCUCGCAUGUUUGAGCCAUUGCCGGACGGCCUCUGCGAUUGGAACAGUGGCAGCAUCUAG